AGCGAUCCACACACUGUACACGGCGGAGUCAGGUGACACCUCGGGUGACCCCUCCUCCCUCAGGACACAGCCACCGACCAUGCACAGCCGGGACUCAGGUCUGCCAGAGGCAGAAGGGAGGUUGGCGGCGGACAAGAGGCAGAUGGCGGAACGGCUCCGGGAACUGACCCAGACGCGGCUGCAGAAGAUCUGGAUCCCCCAUCAGUGUGAGCGGCUGCAGCAGAGGCGAGGAUCGUCGGUACCCCAGUUUACAAACUCUCCCACGAUGAUUGUAAUGGUCGGGCUCCCUGCACGCGGAAAGACGUACAUCUCCAAAAAACUCACUCGCUACCUCAACUGGAUUGGGACUCCAACCAAAGUAUUCAAUGUGGGACAGUAUCGCCGGGAUGCCGUGCAGAGCUACAAGAAUUACGAGUUCUUCCGCGCCGACAACCAGGAAGCCAUGACCAUCCGGAAGCAGUGUGCUCUGAAUGCCUUGUUAGACGUCCACACGUUCCUAUCCCGGGAGGAAGGACACGUUGCUGUAUUUGAUGCCACUAAUACCACCAGGGAGAGGAGGUCUGUGAUUUUGCAGUUUGCCAAGGAGCGUGGUUACAAGGUCUUCUUCAUAGAGUCCCUCUGCGACGAUCCCGAUAUCAUCGCUGAAAACAUCACUCAAGUCAAGCUGACCAGCCCGGACUACAUCGGCUGCGAUCGGGAGAAGGUGGUGGAGGAUUUCCUGAAGAGGAUCGAUUGCUAUCAGAUGAAUUAUGAGCCGCUGCACGACGACAUGGACGGCUCUCUGUCUUAUAUUAAGAUUUUUAACGUGGGAAACCGAUACCUGGUGAAUCGAGUGCAGGACCACGUGCAGAGCCGGGCGGUGUACUACCUGAUGAACAUCCACGUGACGCCGCGCUCCAUCUACCUGUCCCGCCACGGGGAGAGUGAACUCAAUCUUGUGGGUAGGAUCGGCGGGGACACUGGACUGUCGGCACGGGGGAAACAGUAUGCUCAUGCACUGGGAAACUUCAUAAAGUCUCAGCAGAUCCCGGACCUGAAGGUUUGGACCAGUCACAUGAAGCGUACCAUCCAGACAGCGGAAGCGUUGCACGUCCCGUACGAGCAGUGGAAAGCCCUGAAUGAGAUCGAUGCGGGCGUGUGUGAGGAGAUGACGUAUGAGGAGAUACAGGAUCACUUCCCCGAGGAAUUUGCACUAAGGGACCAGGACAAAUAUCGCUACAGAUAUCCCAAGGGAGAGUCCUACGAGGACCUCGUCCAGAGACUGGAGCCGGUGAUCAUGGAGCUGGAGCGUCAGGAGAACGUCUUGGUGAUCUGCCAUCAAGCGGUGAUGCGUUGCCUGCUGGCCUACUUCCUCGACAAAACUGCAGAAGAGCUGCCAUACCUGAAGUGUCCUCUGCACACCGUAUUGAAACUGACUCCUGUGGCCUAUGGUUGUAAAGUGGAAUCCAUCUACCUGAACGUGGAAGCGGUGAACACUCACAGGGAGAAGCCAUUGAAUGUGGAAGUGUCUCGUGAUCCCGAGGAAGCGCUGGACACCGUCCCGGAACAUUUUUAAAUGAGAACGAUCAAAGAUGCUGAAUUUAUUUUCUUUUAA